UGAGUGAAUGUUCCUUCAAAUAAAUCCCAAACAAUGCUCAGAGGAUCUAAAACUCCCCUGAAAGUUAAAGAAAAUGAGAGUGGUUGUCCUGAAAAGAAGGAAAAGUCGUCUUUCCCUCCUUCAAGAGACCCGAAGAGCUGCAAAGUGACCAAAUCCAAAGCCAUCAGAACAUCCAAAAAGGAGAAUUUCACUGAUGGCAACCAGACACAGCCACCAAAACGUGCCCUGAAAUGCCCCAAAAGCCUCAAGCAGAAUUUGGGAUGCUCCCAGGGGGUUGAUGGGAGCUGUUUUGGGGUGUCCGGGGGGGAUUUGCUCACUGAACCCCCCUUGCCUUUGCACACCAAGGAGGAUUUUCCCAGCAGCCGAGCUACUCCCUUGGGAAAUGAUUUCAUCACUCCUGAGAGGGACAAAGUGGAAGGAAAUCCUGAUUUUGGAGUGUCUGAAGAGAGGAGAAAAACUGUCGAUUUUACUGCUGUGAUAAGUGCUGAGUUUGGGAUCGCUCAGGAGAGUUUUGGCAAACGACCCUCGGGGACUUCUCCAGCUUCACUAAAAUUUCGGAGAAGAUCAACCAUUGGCUUGAGGGGAUCACCAGAAAACAACUCCCUGAUCCGGUACCUGGCCCAGCAGAGGAGCAGCAGGCACAAAGAAGCUUUCACCCAGAUCAGUCCUUUCAAACCUGCAAAUGUGAGGUCACUGAAGGACAAAAUUGAUGCUUUCCAAGCCUCCUUUGAAUCCCUGCAAGAAGCUGAGGGGGAGCCUUCCAAGGAUGGAGAUUCCUCUCAGGACAAAGCACCUUUUAAAAAAGAGCCAAACCUGGAGCAGUGGAGUGAAAAGUUCAUGUUGGGCAACAGAGGAGCUGCUUUGAAAGAAAAUUUAAGUGAAAAUGGGAACAAGAGCAGCAGGAGUGAGCUCAGGAUCUGCAGCAUCUUGUCCCCAGAGCGAGCUGUGACUGUCACUGACCCUGCUGCUGCUGCCAAGGAAUGGGUUUCUGAGCAGCAAAAUCCUAUUAAAUCCUUGGAGACUGUUCUGACUGGAGAUACCCUGGAUAAAGGCCAUGUUCCCAGGUGUGACCACAGUGGCUGUGGCAGUGAUGCUGUCUCAGAUCCCAGCACAAGGAAGGCUGAGACUGUGGAAGAUGAGAGCCUGGGAGUGCUGGGAGGAAACCAAGGCCCUGUGACACCUCUGAGGACAGGGGACACUGAAGAUGAGAGCCUGGGAAUGCUGGGGACAAACCAAGGCCUUGUGACCCCUCUGAGGACAGGGGACAUUCCCAGCUGUGCCCUCUCCCAGAGCAGCUCCCUGCUGAGAUCCAUCCUGAAGAAAACCCCAGGGAAGGAGCUCAGGGACUGCCCCAAGGAAUACUCAAACAAUGCCAUUGACAGAGGAGGAGAUGAAUCUGCUGCAUUCUCCAAUUGUGUAAAAACCUUUAAAACAUUGCAAACAGAGACAACUGACAUUCAGAGCUCCAAAACACCAAAGAAGAAAAAAGUCACUUUUGGGGAAGUUUUGAGCCCCGAAAUUUUUGACCAGAGCCUUCCUGCCAACACCCCCUUACGCAGAGGAGCCUCCCCAGGCUGUCCCCAAGGGCAGAGCCCCUGGGCCAGGCCAGGCCUCUCUGGGGAGCCUUUGCCCCUCCUGGAUUUUGGUUGGGAUGAGGAAGGUGUUGAGACUCUCCCAGAAUUCCUGGAAGGUUCUGCUGCUGCACAAGCCCCUUCACCUGUUGAAAAUGCAGAAGUUAUAGUAGCAGAGACUGACAAACCUGACAUAACUUGUUCCUCUACUAAAAGGAAGGGCAGGGCCGUGGCAGAGGACUCUGAGGGGAGCAGCUCAGGAGCCACAGACACUGAGAGUGCCCAAAUCAUCCCUGAGAGUGUCCCCAUGGUGGCUGAGAGUGUCCCCAUGGUGGCUGAGAGUGUCCCCAUGGUGGCUGAGAGUGUCCCCAUCAUCACUGACAGUCCAAGAAAGAGCAAGAUCCAGAAACAGAAAAAUCCAACCACAGCUGCUCCCAAGAGGACCAAGAAAACAAAAUACCCAGGCUUUGGGAAAAGAAGAAAGAAAAGAGUCAAGAAAUCUUUGUAUGGGGAAAGAGAAAUGGCUUCUAAGAAACCCCUUCUCAGCCCUAUCCCUGAAAUUCCAGAGGUUUUCUCUUCUGCCUCAUCUCCAAACUCACCACUUUUUACAGAGGGUGCAGGUUUGGGUAACCCCAAAUGCAGGGGUGCCUGCAGGGACAGGGACACCCCCCAGCAGCCCCAGGCUGCCAGGAUCCGUGCCAAGGGGCUCUGUGCAGCUGCUGGCUGCCCAAAGACCGAGCUCCUGGAGGAGGCAGCAGCCACCAGCUCUGGGCCUGGAGUCCCCGAGGUGCCAGGGAGCCUGGAGUGUGCUCCUGGCACUGCUGCUCAGUUUUCAAAUGCUGUGCCACAUGCAGAAGGUGAUUUUGAUGCAGCUGAGUAUUUUCAGCAAGGUGAAGAGACUCCGUGUGAUAAAGAAGCAAAAGAAAGCAGUUCCUUGUUAGAAAAGGAGGAAUUAGAAGGAAAUCUCCUAACUGGACUGGAAAUUCUGGACCAACAGGAGAGAACCAAGUGUCCACAGAAGGAUUCUGUCAGAGGUGAUCCAGCAAGGAGAAGAAGAAGAAGAAGCAGCAGCUCCUUCUACUUCCCUCCUGUUGAAAACAUGGAAAUAACUGGGGCUGAUCUUUGCUCUUACAACGUGGAAGAAGUUUUGUCAGUGUCCCAGGCACACGAGGGGUCCCUGCAGGGCUGCAGGAGG